UAGAAAAGCGGUAGUACUUUAUUUAAUCGAACAAUUUUGUUGAAGAACAAAGUGUUUACAGAAUUUUGACAUUUCUACUUACAAAUAGAAAUGUCAUUCUGUGAGAUUUUUCUUAUAUUAUCAUAAAAAAUACUAAUAUUAAAAUUUACCUAUUUAUAAGAAUUGGUAACCAUAAUUGUGAAAAGGAUGAUAUAUAAAAUAUAAAAUAUAUUAUAUAGAAUAUCUAUUCUUUUAAGUAAAUCAAGAUUUAUAACAGUGAAAAUAAUUAAAAUGACUGAAAAAACACCUUUACGUUAUACCAGUAUAAAAGAUCUAUUGCAAAUAGCCAGAAUUAAUUACAAAGGGAAAAGACCAUCUGAUAUUUAUAAAAGGCUUCCUGAUAUGUUUAAUUUGGCUGAGAAUGCCAAAAUACGAGGAGAUGAGGAGAAUCAAUACAUCAUGUUAAGGAGAUGGUUGAAUUGUAUUGAUUGGUUGAAAACCACACAAGAAUAUAAAGAUGACAAAACAUUCUCCUUAACAAAUAUGCAUGUGAAUCAGAUCAAUGAAGUAAAAAAAAUACUUGGAGAUUUAAAUCGAAAAUUAGAUGCACGGUACAAAGUGCAAUUAAAAGAAAAGAUGUUAGAAAAAAAUAAUAUUGCAGAUAAAAUGGAUAUAGAUAAUGAAAGUGGAACAGAAACCUAUAUGACUCCUAUUGAUGGUCCAAUAAAAUUACCUGAAACACCAACCAGAGAUCCAUUGGUCAGUGAUAAUGAAGAAAUUAUAAACUGUGAUCAGUUAUUCCAAUUAAUGCAUAAAGUAGAUGGUAGAUAUUUAAUUAUUGAUAUAAGACCUAAAUUGCAAUUUGAAACUUCAAGAAUAUUAUCUGACAAAUCUGUUAACAUUCCUGAUAACAAAAUAAAACCUGGUGCAUUAACAUCGCAUUUUGAAGAAUAUCUUCAUAAAGAUAAAAAAGCAUUAGAUUUAUUUAGGCAUAGAGGAGCACAAUAUGUCGAUGUUAUAAUUCUAAUUGAUUGGGAUACAUCAAGUAAAACAUUGACAUCUGAAAAUUCCUUAAAUAUAUUAAGAAAAAUUUUAGAAGAUUGGGAUCCUGGUAUAAAAUAUAAAAGAAUUGCUAUUCUAGAUGGUGGUUAUGCAGAAUGGAUAACUCGUUAUCCAGCAUUUACAACAAAUCCUAAUAUUGUAGAACCUACUUUAGAUAAUGUCCCAGAUGAAAUAUUAGAUAAUAUAGAGUACCCUGAAUUGAUACAUUUUGAUGAAGAAGAAAAUAUUAUUAAAUCACAUGAAAAUAAAUCAAUUAAAUUAAAACCAAUAAGUAAUAAUGAAAUUACAUCAAAAGUUAGCAUUACAAACGAUAAAAUGUGGUACAAACAUAUGGAAACGGAAAUAAGUAAUAAUAUUUCAACACGCUCUAAGAAUUUUAUUGAUAGCUCUAUUGAAAUAGGAAAAGUUCCUAAAGACAAUAUAAAAUUACGACAGUACGAUAAUUCAUUGAAAUUUCAACACAAAAGAAAUUCAAUGAAUAUCAUGAAAAAAAAUGUUAUAUCUGCAAAACCAAUAGUAGAUAGAAGUAAUAAACCAGUUGCUUUGGACACAUCUACGUCCGAAUCGAAAUCAGUUUUGAAAUUAAUGAAACAAUUAAAUGAAUUAGCAAAAAGUAAACAAGAAUUGGAACAAGAAAUUUUAGAACAAGAACGCACUUUGUACAUGCAACAUGGUAUGAAAUAUAAAAGUUCAAAUGAAGAAGAAUACAUUCAUAGUAAUGUAAAAUCUUUAUGUUUAAAAUUGGAAGAAAAGCAAAAAGAAUAUAAAAAAAUUGAAGAUGAACUUACUAAAUAUUAUACAAAGAUAGAAUCAAUUAAAUUUAAUCCUGCAGAAGAAAACGAAAAAGGAAAUCUCGAAUUUACUCUCGCUUUACUAAAACGUCGAAUGAAAGAUACUUCUGCAGAUCGAAAAAAAUUACAAGAAAUAUCUAUGAAAAAUAAUUAUAAAGAAUUGUCGAUAAAAGAAAAUGAAACUAACAUUCAUAAGGAACCUCUAAAAUCAGAUAAUUCUUCAGUGGGAAGCAAUUUAGAGCGUUCAUAUUCUAGUCCAAAUUUGUUACAGUUGACAGAUCGUAAAGCACCACAAAUAGAUAGAAGUUCAAAGCCACAAGUCUCGUCGUACAAUCAAAAUGGAACUUACGGUGAUAAUAAAGUAUCUCAUUUAAGUUGGGCAAAUCGUGAAGAAAGAAUGACACCUGUUCAUGGAAGUGUACAUCCAGGUAUUACAGGAUUGAAAAAUUUAGGCAAUUCAUGUUAUAUGAAUAGUAUUAUACAGUGCUUAAGUAAUACCACGCAUUUAGCUAAAUAUUUCAUGGAUAAUUUAUAUGCUGAUGACUUAAAUAUAAAUAAUGAUAAUAAUAUGCAAGGCCAAGUUGUAGAAGAAGUAGCUCAAGUGAUUAAAGCACUUUGGAGAGGUCAAUACAAGAGCAUAUCACCACACGAUCUUAAGAUCGCUGUGGGACAAUAUAAAUUACAAUUUGAAAGUUAUGAGCAACAGGAUUCUCAUGAAUUUCUCACUUUUCUUCUAGAUUGGAUGCAUAAUGAUUUAAAGAAGAAUUGUAAAGUGCCUCUGGAAAUGACAAUAGCCGAAAAGGCUUGGGAUAAGGCAAUGGGAUCACAAAGAUCCAUAAUAUCUGACUUAUUUUUCGGGCAAUUAAGAUCCACUAUUACAUGCAGUUUUUGCAAGCAAAGUAGUACGACAUAUGAGACUUUUAAUAGUUUAACAAUGUCAUUACUUCACUCCAAUCGAUGUACAUUAAAUGAUUGCAUCUUAAAAUUUGUAAGCGGACAAAAAGUGGUAGGAUGGAAAUGCCCGAAAUGUCAAACAGCUCGAGAAGCUACAAAAAAAUUCGACUUUGUUAAAUUAGCGCCUAUCAUAGUCAUACAUUUAAACCGUUUCGCUGAAAGUGGUGGAUGGCUCGAGAAACGAAAUACCGCUGUUGAUUUUCCUCUAACGGAUUUCAAUCUAAAACCAUAUUUAGUGACAGAUAAUAAUAGUACUACAAUUUCAAAUAUUCGCAGUUAUAGUUAUAGUUAUAGUUUAUAUGCAAUGUCUAAUCAUUAUGGAACUAUGGAAGGUGGUCAUUACACGGCCUUCUGUAAAAAUGCCGCUCAGAAUAAAUGGUAUAAAUAUGACGAUCAAACAGUUACAGAAGUUUCGGUAAAUCAAGUAAGGUCUCAAAAUACCAGUGCCUAUCUAUUAUUUUAUACAUCUUUUUCGAGCAAUAUUAUUUAGUAUUAACACAAAGGAUUAAAUGGCUAAUUUAUUACUUAAACAAUCGUGAAUGUUUUAUGACGAUGUAGAUAAUUGAAUAUUUUUUGUAUGUACAUGUAUGAAUAUUAAUUAUGUGAAUGUACACAUAACAUUAUGUCAGCUUUAAGGAUUUAAUUAGCUAGGAUAUACAUAUAUGUGUGUGUGUGUAUACACACACACACACACACACACACACAUACAUACAUGCUAAUGUAAAUAACAUUAAACGGAAAAGUUAAAUAUUGAAAUUAUAUCGUGUGAUAAAAGAGUUAAUUUAAAUGAAAAAAGAGAUACAUUAUAAAAGAACAUAUUUGACUUUGAUUGCACUUUAUUUUGUUUAUAUAUUUCAGUAACUUUGUUGCACUCCAUCUUUAUAUGUUGUAAUAUAAAUAUUUUACGUUCCUUUUGCAUUUUUGAAUAUGAAUGUAAUACGUUUCCCGUUUAAUAUAAUUUCAUUGUCAUGUUAACUUAUAUUAUUAAUUUCGUUAAUGUAUUAUAUAAAAUUAUUUAUAAUCAUUUCAUUAAUUCUCAUCAUAUUUUUUUGAAAAUGACUAAACUAUUCAAAGUAUGAAUUUUAUUUCAAAAAUAUGAUUACCUUAGUAUCUUAUGAUACAUGGAUAUCAAUUUUUUUUAGUAUU